CCGGGCUUAGGACCCAGGGGCUGUGAGCGGCAGCACUGCCCCUACCUUACAAACACUUCCAUAGAAAGAAAACAAAAAUAGAAAAAAUAGGAGACCUGUUCAGACACAUGCUUUGCUUUCUUGAUUAUUAGCGGAGCUAAGGAAAACAUUCAAAUUUGCAAUGGGACACUACAGUGGAUGGAUUGUUUCGGUGUUGAUAAGGAUACAACAUUUGACGUCGCUUUGGGGGUAAAUGGGGGGCACUGAGCACAACAUUUGCAGGCGGACAUCAGCUGCAUGCAUGUCUUUGGCAAAGAAAGUUUCGAGCGCAAUGCAAAUCUUUGACAAUGACUGGUGUUUACACGUACAACCACCCGGUCUUGACUUGGAAGGCUACCGGAGAGAUACGAUGCUGUUUUUAUUUUAAAGUGGCCAUGGUGUCGAAACUGUCUGUAAACGGAAUGAAAAUAAGCACAAGAGAGUGCGUCAUGCUGAACUGUAACGAGUUAUUGUUGUGUAUUGAAAUUUGACGAAAGCACAGGACCUACCGAAGCAAACAUUUAACGAGGAAAAAAAUUGUAGUCGUUGUUUGACAAACUUUAUAUGUUCAUGAAUGAUAAAACUGACCUGAUUUGUUUGAAGAAAUUGAUACAUUAUGUCUGAAUAAGGACACAAUGUGACACUGCAAUCCAUAGCCUACUUUCCUGCCUAAAACGGAGCCAUCCAUCCGCCCUACAGUUCUCAAUAAUCUGACGUUGUUUUUGUUCAGUGAGAGGGCCAUGGCAGAGGAGGGCGACCACGUCGAAAAUAUCUCUGACGUCGAGCAAUCCCACCAUGAAUCCGCCUCUGAAAAUGGAGUCAUGUUGGUUGUCAACCACAGUAACAUUCAGCCCCCUUUCAGCGUGGUGUUGGCCACAUUGUUGUAUUGUGCAGAGUUUGUCUGCGCAGCGGUGCUUUGCAACGUUUACCACAAGAGCGAUGACGACAUCUGGAUGGGGUCAACCAUCGCCUUCAUGUUGGUGCCCGCUGUAUUGACUCAGUUGGCGCUGACAUUCAUUCAUAGAGACUUAGGAAGAGACCGCCCCCUCAUCCUCUUCUUGCAUCUACUACUCCUGGGCCCACUUAUUAGGUGUUUUGAGGCUCUGGUGGUUUACUUCAAAGCGGGUAAAGAGGAGGAGCCGUAUGUGACCAUCUCCAGGAAGAUCAAGCUGAAGAAGGACCAGGCCACGCCCAUGGAGUGGGAGAUCGGCCACUCGGAGCGCAAGCUCGCCACCCACCGUAACGCCUUCAAACGCACCGCCGUCAUCCAGGCCUUCCUGGGAUCCACCCCCCAGCUCACCCUGCAGCUGUAUGCCAACAUCCAGGAGAAGUACUUCCUCCCUAUCAGACUGACUUUGAUGGUCAUCUGCCUCAUCUCCAUCACCUACGGAGCCCUGGUGUGCAGCGUGUUGGCCAUCAACAUCCGCUACGACGACUACAAGGUGCGGCUGCGCCCAGCCGCCUACCUCUGCAUGAUCCUGUGGCGGGGCCUGGAGAUCGCCACACGUGUCACCUCCCUGGUGUUGUUCAGCUCCGCGCUCACCUAUUGGGUGAUCCUCGUGGGCCUGGGCAACCUGCUUUUCUUCUUCCUGCAGCCCUGGGCCGAGUUUUGGGCUCGACGCGCCUCGCUGCCCGACAACGUGGAGAAGAACUUCAGCAAGCUGGGCACCACGGUGGUGCUGUCGCUGGUCACCUUCCUGUACGCCUGCAUCAACAUCUUCUGCUGGUCGGCCGUGCAGCUAGACCUGGGCCACCGCGACCUCAUCGAGAUGAAGCAGCACUGGGGCCGCCUGGCCGCCUACUACGGCGGACGCUUCCUGGAGAACAGCGUGCUCAUCGCCCUCUGGUACUUCUACAAGUCAGACUUCUACUCGUACGUGUGCGCCCCGUUGCUGGUGGCCCAGCUGCUCAUCUGCUACAGCCUGGCCGUGCUCUUCAUGCUACUCUUCUACCAGUUCUGCCACCCGUGCCGGCGUCUCUUCAGGCACAACGUGCACGACUGCCUGGCCUGCGUCUGCUGCUAUCGGAGGGGUGUGGGGAGAGCGGGGGAGGGGCACCCCCACUCCUAUUCCACCACUGCCACCAUGGUGCUGGUGCCGCUGGAGCCGCCAGACCUGCAACCCCCUGACCUCACCAGCCAGCUGGGGGAGCACGAGACGGCAAUCGUUGAAGACAUGGAGGCGGCUUGAGAAGGCCCCACAUGGUGAUUUGAUGAUAUGCGGCCACUGCUUGGUGCAGCUACUGAACUAAUGGCUAUGUACACUCAGGACUGUUAUACUGUGAGUGGUGCAGAUUAGGAGAUGGACAGAGCAGCUCAUUCUGUACUGCGGUGCACAGAGGACAAGUUGGUCUCAAGUGGUUAGCUAAGCGCAUUUCAAAUUGGUGCCAUGAUUUUAUCGAUGCUGCUCGUUUUAGAAUAACACGUGCACGCAGAGCCUUGGACUUAAAAAGAUAAGCCAUGAUAUAGACAAUGUUACAUCACUGUUGUUGAAUGGGAAAUGGGUUACUGACGAGUGCACCGUUUGUACUGGAUAUCUACUGUACAGGUAGAGAGACAGUGGGUCAAGGGAGUCCAAAGAAUGUACUCUGUUAAGGUAUGCCAGUGUGAUGCACAAAGGCAGCCUUGAGAGAGCAGCACAGGGUCAGAUACAGUGGGGCCAGGUGUGUGGGAAGCAUGCCAAGUGUCUCCGGCCCUAGAGGACUGAUUUGCCCUUUAAACUGGGACUUCCCCUGCUUACGUUCUCGGGGGUUUACUUAAUGAACAAACUCCAGAUGUUGCAUUAGGGUUCUUUUUCAUCUGCACGCCCAUAUGUAAGAUUGGGGAAAUAAAAGGUUAGAUGAAAUCCGAGCUACCUUCCUCAUACCCCACUCCACCCACUGUAAUGAAUGGUUUGUAUUAUACUGAACAGAAAUGUAAACACAACAGUUUCAACGAUUUUACUGAGUUACAGUUCAUGUAAGGAAAUCAGUCAAUUUAACUAAAUGAAUUAGACUCUAAU